AUGAUUAGACCGCUUUCAAUAGUGACUUUGGCAUUUGUAUGUUCGGCAGCUGGCGGCGGCUAUGGCUACAACUCGUACAGCAAGCCGAUCCUUCCACCACCCAUGCCCAUUAACACCUAUGUACCCAAACCUGCCUACAUCCCACCCCCAAUCAUCCCACCUGUGCACACUUAUGCCCCAAAGCCAGCUUAUGUCCCACCACCUCCACCAAUGCCCCUACCCGAGCCUCUACCAAAACCAGCCUACGUUCCACCACCAAUGAAUACUUAUAUGCCUAAACCAGCCUACGUGCCGCCACCACCUCCCCUACCUGAGCCCAGACCUGAGCCAAUUCCAGUUCCUGUUGUGCACACUUAUGUUCCUAAGCCAGCUUACAUUCCACCACCAAUGCCUCUACCUGAACCUAAACCAGAGCCAAUGCCUCUUCCUCCACCACCAAGUUACAACAAGCCUUCAUACGGCGGCUAUGGAGGAGGCGGCUAUGGAGGAGGCGGCCAUGGAGGAAACGGCUAUGGAGGAGGCGGCUAUCAAGGAGGCGGCCAAGGAGGAAAUAUGGGACCAAUCGGAGGGCCAAUGGGGGCAAUGAAUGAGCCGAUGGGUGGACCAUUCGGUCCGAUGAAUGGUCCAAUGAAUGGUCCAAUGAGAGGUCCCGGUGGAUUCGGGCCAUCAAUAAUAAUCAAGGAAAAGAUCACUAGCUUCGGACCCUUGAACAACUACCCCCCGAUGGGCGGUAUGGGCGGUAUGGGCGGAGGCAGUAUGGGCGGUAUGGGCGGAGGCAGUAUGGGCGGUAUGGGCGGAGGCGGUAUGGGCGGCAUGGGU